GUAACACAGUUAGUCGACGUCAUCCAUCGAUGGCGGACAUUUUUCUUCGGACAUUUUGACAUUUAAUUCCCGGUUAGGUCCAUUUCUUGUUAGAAAUAUUUGUGAUUCUUUGUUCGAUUCACCAUGGAUGAAGAAUACGACGCGAUUGUAUUGGGCACUGGCCUCAAGGAAUGCAUUCUAAGUGGAAUGCUUUCUGUCUCUGGAAAGAAGGUACUGCACAUUGAUCGCAAUAAGUACUACGGUGGAGAAUCUGCGUCAAUUACCCCGUUAGAAGAAUUGUUCGCAAAGUUCAAUGCACCGGCACCAGACGAAACUUACGGUCGAGGCCGUGACUGGAACGUGGAUUUGAUACCCAAGUUUUUGAUGGCAAAUGGCCUUCUUGUAAAACUACUAAUCCAUACGGGCGUUACCCGUUAUCUGGAAUUUAAGUCUGUGGAAGGCAGCUAUGUCUACAAAGGUGGUAAGAUCUCCAAAGUGCCCGUCGAUCAGAAAGAAGCGCUAGCAUCGGAUCUUAUGGGCAUGUUCGAGAAACGGCGAUUCCGCAAUUUCUUAAUUUAUGUGCAAGACUUCCAGGAGGAUGAUACCAAGACCUGGAAAGAUUUUGAUCCAAGCACGGCCAACAUGCAGUCAUUAUAUGAAAAGUUUGGCCUGGACAGAAACACUCAGGAUUUCACGGGUCAUGCAUUAGCGCUUUACCUGGAUGAUAGCUAUCUGCAGCAACCAGCUAUCCAAACUAUUCGCCGCAUUAAGCUCUACUCUGAUUCCCUUGCUCGUUAUGGCAAGUCACCAUAUUUAUAUCCAAUGUAUGGUUUGGGUGAACUUCCUCAAGGAUUUGCUCGUCUAUCUGCUAUUUAUGGUGGGACCUACAUGUUGGAUAAGCCAAUUGAUGAAAUUGUCAUGGAUGAGACUGGUAAAGUUGUUGGUGUUCGUUCCAAGGACGAGAUUGCAAAAUGUAAACAGGUGUACUGUGACCCCAGCUAUGUACCCGACCGUGUGCGUAAGAAGGGAAGAGUUAUCCGAUGCAUUUGCUUAUUAGAUCAUCCGAUCGCCAACACAAAGGAUGCUCUGUCUACUCAGAUCAUCAUACCUCAGAAGCAAGUUAACAGGAAUUCAGAUAUUUAUGUCUCAGUGGUGUCCUACACACACCAGGUGGCCGCCAAGGGCUGGUUUGUAGCCAUGGUUUCCACCACUGUUGAAACUAAUGAUCCGGAGUCUGAGAUAAAGCCAGGCCUUGACCUGCUGGGCUCCAUUCGACAGAAGUUUGUGUCUGUUUCGGACUACUAUGAACCAAUUGAUGAUGGCAGUCAGAGCCAGAUCUUCAUAUCAGAGUCUUAUGAUGCUACAACUCAUUUUGAGACAACAUGCUUAGAUGUCCUAAAAAUUUACAAGCGUGGAACUGAUGAAGAUUUUGACUUCUCCAAGGUUAAGGUGGAGCUGGGAGAAGAGGAACAAUAAAUAAAAUGCCCCCAGUAAUUAUAUAUGUACAUUGCUUGUUAAUUUUAAAUAUUAUUUACAAACAACUGUUCUGGCAACAAUUAUUAUACAAUAUCUAUGUUUUAGGGAUUCUGGGUAAAGAUUUAAGAGCUAAGAUGUAUUGGCAUUAGAUGAUAUAAUGUAUAUGUGCAAAUGUUCUACAAGUUUUAUUAUUACAAAAAAUGUGUCAAACAUAAGAUUAUUCUUUAAAGGAAAUUAUUGAACAUUCAAGAUUGCUUUUAUUAUUUUUAAGUAUACUGAGCUAUGAGAGUGAUCUGCACAAGUGACAGGCUCAUUUGUUUGGAUUGACAUUCCAUGUGGUACAUUGAUCCUGUAACCAUAUCAUAUUUGUAAUAAAUGUCAAAUUUAAUUACAAAUGCUCACUACAUGUAUAUGUUUUGUGUAAGAUCAUGAAUAAAGUUACAAUAUAAUAUUAAAA